CGAUCGAUUUUAUGGUCGACACAAUUCGUUAUUUUAAAUGAUAACGCCAGUGGCGGUUUUGUAUGUUGUGUGAGAAAUCGUAUAUAAUGGUCUCAUUCCAGUGUCCAAUGAUUUGUACCAAUACCGUUUACUGUGGUUCUUCGCACAGAGAUUCCCCAGGCCAUGUCUGGCUCAGUGAAAGGGAGGAACAACGGAAUCGCAUUUGGCAACCCAUGAGCGCCUGUGACACUAGCUGGCAGAGUGAAUGGUUUAAAGGACGUAAGGGGAUGACUUCGGAUUUUUCGGAAUAAGAAACCGUAAAAACUCAGUAUUUCUUCUUUAAGUUGAAUGUAAACGUGGUUGUUACUUGCAUGCUCACGAAGCUUCGGAGAUUAAUCGCCUGGACCUCUCUUAAUGGCUAGACAUCUAUUAAAGGUAGCCUAGUCUACAACGGCGUGCCACUUUGUUAUCGUGUCAGAUAGGGUGGCCUGGUUUGUAAAUUCGGAAGGCCGAAGGCGGACUUGGUCAGCAAGGUGGCUGAUAAACGGGAGAUAAGAUGGGGUCGGGAUUUCGGAGUGAAGAGAUGUGCUUGGCGCAGUUGUUUCUGCAGUCCGGCUCAGCGUACGACUGCAUCUGCGAGCUUGGAGAAAUGGGUCUGGUUGAAUUCCGAGAUCUCAACCCCAGUGUCAGCUCCUUCCAGCGGCGCUUUGUCACUGAGAUCAAGAGGUGCGAGGAGAUGGAGAGGAUUCUGGGCUACGUCUUAAGGGAGAUCAGGAAAGCAAAUAUCCCUGUUCCUGAGUGCGAUGACAGUCCAGUGGCUCCAGCACCCAAGCAUGUCCUGGAGAUCAUGGAGCAACUGCAGAGGCUGGAAGUAGAGCUCAGUGAGGUGACCCGAAACAAGGAGAAGCUCCAGCGGAACCUUCUAGAACUCACAGAGUACACGCACAUGCUGCGGAUCACACACACCUUUGUGCACAGCCGCUCCAGGCACGAAGCCCUGGGGCCUCAGUAUGAGGAGUUUCCGGCCCUUGAGACCGAUACCGUGACCGGCUGCACCAGCAUGCAGAGACUAGGAGCCAAAUUGGGGUUUGUGUCUGGCCUGAUCCAGAGGGUGAAGAUGGAGGCCUUUGAGCGCAUGCUGUGGAGGGUGUGCAAGGGCUACACCAUCGUCAGCUACGCCGAGGUGGAUGAGAGCCUUGCUGAUCUAGAUACGGGUGAGAUCAGUAAAAAUGUAGUCUUCUUGAUCUCAUUUUGGGGUGACCAAAUUGGCCAAAAAGUUCAGAAAAUAUGUGACUGUUACCACUGUCACCUCUACCCCCACCCUGAGUCUGAUGAGGACAGGGCAGAUGUGAUGGACAGCCUGAAGACACGCAUUCAGGACCUGCAUAAUGUUCUGCACCGCACUGACGACUACCUGAAGCAAGUGCUGCACAAAGCCUCGGAGACGGCCUACUUGUGGGUGGUGCAGGUGAAGAAGAUGAAGGCCAUCUACCACAUCCUUAACCUCUGCAGCUUCGAUGUCACAAACAAGUGUCUAAUAGCAGAGGUCUGGUGCCCAGUCAGCGACCUGGCCCAGCUAAGGAGGGCGCUUGAGGAAGGCUCGAGAAAAGGCGAUGCCCCCGUUCCCUCAUUUGUUAAUCGCAUCCCGAGCAAUGAUACACCUCCAACCCUCCUCAGAAGCAACAAGUUCACCUCAGGCUUCCAGAGCAUCGUGGAGGCUUAUGGAGUCGGAGAUUACAGAGAAGCAAGUCCAGCUCCCUAUACCAUCAUCACUUUCCCCUUCCUCUUCGCUGUCAUGUUUGGAGACCUUGGCCAUGGGGUGAUCAUGGCUCUCUUCGCCCUGUGGAUGGUGUUAGGCGAAAAGAACCACAAACGGGGUCGCUCAGGGAACGAGAUCUGGAAUACUUUUUUUGACGGGCGCUACAUCAUUCUGAUGAUGGGGCUUUUCUCCAUCUACACGGGACUCAUCUACAACGACUGCUUCUCCAAGUCCCUCAACAUCUUCGGCUCAGGCUGGAGCGUCAGAGCAAUGUUCACGGAGCAGCAGUGGAUGAAUGAAACUUUGAAAACAAAUACUUUGCUCACUCUCGAUCCAAAUAUCUCUGGGGUUUUCAAUGGACCCUAUCCAUUUGGAAUAGAUCCGAUUUGGAAUCUAGCUGUGAAUCGUCUGUCCUUCCUGAACUCCUAUAAGAUGAAGAUGUCCGUCAUCUUGGGAGUCAUUCACAUGAGCUUUGGGGUGUCUUUAAGUGUCUUUAACUAUCUGCACUUGCGACAGAAGUAUAAGAUCUACCUGCUCUUCCUGCCUGAACUUCUCUUCCUGCUCUGUCUCUUUGGCUACCUGGUCAUCCUAAUCGUUUAUAAGUGGCUGGCUUUCUCUGCAGAGAACUCACGCUCCGCUCCCAGCAUCCUGAUCCACUUCAUUAACAUGUUCUUGAUGCAAGACAGUGGCACCAAACCCCUCUAUCCUGGCCAGAUGGGGCUUCAGAUCUUUCUGAUAAUAGUGGCUCUGUUGGCAGUACCAGUGAUGUUGCUAGGGAAACCGCUUUACCUUUACUGGCUCCAUCACGGAGGCAAGAGUCUCGGAGCACACAGGGGCUAUGAGAGGGUUCGGCGCGUGAGUGAGGAGGACCUGUCUCCAUCCAUGCUUCAUGAUGAGGAGGAGGGCCUCGGUGACCACAUGCCUGGUAGAGACGGGGGAUCCAAGCAGUUUGACUUUGGGGACGUGUUCCUGAACCAGGCCAUCCACACCAUUGAGUACUGCCUUGGCUGCAUCUCCAACACGGCUUCCUACCUGCGCCUGUGGGCUCUCAGUCUGGCACAUGCCCAGUUGUCGGAGGUUCUGUGGGGGAUGGUGUUGCGAGUGGGCUUCAGGGUCACCACCAGGAUCGGUCUGCUGUUUCUUGUGCCAGCGUUUUCUGUGUUCUCUGUGCUCACUGUCUCCAUCCUGUUGAUCAUGGAGGGACUCUCGGCUUUCCUCCAUGCUUUGCGUCUGCACUGGGUUGAGUUUCAGAACAAGUUCUACAGUGGACAAGGAGUCAAGUUUGCUCCGUUUGACUUUGCUCUGCUACCUUCUGUCUUUGAACAAGAUGGACUGCUGUGAUAUGGGACUUUGUAAUGAACAGUGAGCCAUGAAUGUAUGGUUAAGGCUGUUGGUUUCUCACCAUGCUGCAGAUUUUUACCAUCAAGACAUUUUAUACUUAAGACCACCGGCUGCACUAUCGCCUUCGACAGAAGCAUCCAUAUCAAGCUUAUUUGGAAAAUGAUAAUCUCCAGUAGUUCAGAUAAACAAAUGCUGUUCCAGAUGUCAACAGUUUUGGUGUCAGUUGCCACACAAUACAUGGCAUACUACAGAGAAUUUUAGAUUGCUACUAUAUUUUCGCUUUUAAACAAAUAUUUCCCAAAUAGAUCCUAUGGGGGAGACAAUAAUGGAGUAAUGGGGUGCAGGCUAAUGUAUUUAUUCUGUGUGGUCAUAUCAAACUCUAAAGUAAGUGCCAUAAAGGCCUACCUGUUAUUUAAUGGGCAGGCUUCAGUUCUGCGUUGAAUGUGAUUGUACUUCAGAAAAUGAAGAUGUUUCUUUUGGAUUGCCAUAUACUGACUGUACACCUCAAGAUGAAGCAAACAAAAAACAUGAUAUUUUGCGGUUUGCACAAAGGAGAUGGCAGUGUUCACGAAACGUAUUAGGGUAAAACAAACACUGUAGCAACAUAUGGAUUUUGAGGGAUUUUCUUUUUUUUGUGGCAUAACCCGGCAGACACAGAGGGUAAUUGUGAUAAUAAAAAUCGAAUGGAAUUUGUUGAGA